AGUAUGCGAGGCGCCCUGACAGCCAGAAAACAGAGCUGCCCGAUCCAGUCUCCCUGGAGCUCCUUCUCCUUGCUCCGCGGAGCCAAUCUGCGCGGAAAGAUGCCUUGCACCUGUACCUGGAGGAACUGGAGGCAGUGGAUUCGACCUUUGGCGGUAGUCGUCUACCUGGUGUCCAUAGUGGUGGCGGUGCCCCUGUGCGUGUGGGAGCUGCAGAAACUGGAGGUUGGAAUACACACUAAGGCUUGGUUCAUUGCUGGAAUCUUUUUGCUGUUAACUAUACCUAUAUCACUCUGGGUGAUAUUGCAACACUUAGUACAUUAUACACAACCUGAACUACAAAAACCAAUUAUAAGGAUUCUCUGGAUGGUACCCAUAUACAGUUUAGAUAGUUGGAUAGCUUUGAAGUAUCCCAGCAUCGCCAUAUAUGUGGACACCUGCAGAGAAUGUUAUGAAGCUUAUGUGAUUUACAACUUUAUGGGAUUCCUUACCAAUUACCUAACCAACCGGUAUCCAAAUUUGGUACUAAUCCUUGAAGCCAAAGAUCAACAAAAACAUUUUCCUCCUUUAUGUUGCUGCCCACCAUGGACUAUGGGAGAAGUAUUGCUGUUUAGGUGCAAACUUGGUGUAUUGCAGUAUACAGUUGUCAGACCAUUCACCACUAUUGUUGCUUUGAUCUGUGAGCUGCUUGGUGUAUAUGAUGAAGGGAACUUUAGUUUUUCAAAUGCUUGGACUUAUUUGGUUAUAAUAAAUAAUAUGUCACAAUUGUUUGCCAUGUACUGUCUCCUGCCAUUUUACAAAGUACUGAAGGAAGAACUGAGUCCAAUCCAACCUGUUGGCAAAUUUCUUUGUGUAAAGCUAGUGGUUUUUGUUUCUUUCUGGCAAGCAGUAGUUAUUGCUUUGUUGGUAAAAGUUGGCGUUAUUUCUGAAAAGCAUACGUGGGAAUGGCAAACUGUAGAAGCUGUGGCUACAGGACUCCAGGACUUCAUUAUCUGUAUCGAAAUGUUCCUCGCGGCUGUAGCUCACCACUACACUUUCUCGUAUAAGCCGUACGUCCAAGAAGCAGAAGAGGGCUCGUGCUUUGAUUCCUUUCUUGCCAUGUGGGAUGUUUCAGAUAUUAGGGAUGAUAUUUCCGAACAAGUAAGACAUGUCGGAAGGACAGUCAUGGGACAUCCUAGGAAAAAAUUCUUCCCCGAGGAUCAAGAUCAAAAUGAACAUACAAGCUUGUUAUCAUCAUCAUCACAGGAUGCAAUUUCUGUGGCCUCCUCUGUGCCACCUUCACCUGCAGGUCACUACCAAGGAUUUGGACACACUGUGACUCCCCAGACCACACCUACGACAGCGAAGCUAGCUAAUGAAAUAUUUAGUGACAUUACAGAAGACAAGAGAGAACCUUCAGAUAAAUCUGUGGCCUCCUGAAGAGUAUGUGAAAGCAAACUGUGUUACCAUAUUACUUACUACUUGGUGUCCCACUGUUCAGGAUUGUGUGGUUGGGACAAGGCAUAAAUGAUGGAAACUUUCAACAGAAAGGCGAACACCAGACCAGAAGAGUUGUGUGCUUGCUGCUCUGCAUAAGCAGUAUCCUUAGAAAACCACACUUCACUGCUUCACUGUGAUGCUGACAUUGCUUUUGUGGUGUUGGACGCUGAGUACAAGUUCCUCUCCUAUUUCCACCUGGAUGGGAUUCUCUAAAACAACUGCAGCUUGCUUCCAGUGGGAAGCCUCACUUGAAGUGUCCAACCAAAUCUCAUCAUCAAGAUACAUCUGAUACCAAAAUGGGAUGGCAGUCAGUUGUCCAGAUUUGCAGAUGGGCACCUAUGACAAUUAAGAAACCACAACAAUUUCAUCAGUGUAAAAGGGUAGGCUUGAAUAAGUCUUAGUCUUUUUUAAUCUAUUUCCAGCUUUUAUAAAGAAGUGUUUAACCACCUCAAUCAAAUCAACAUUAUUUAUGAAUAUAAUUUACCCUCGCCUGAAAAAUUAAUAAAUCAUGAAAGUGGCAAAAAAAA